AUGGAAGGUGAUGUUGACAAAACAAUGAAGCGGAGUGAAGAGGGUGGUUUAACUCCCAGUACGACGUUUAUAUCUACCGCUGAGUUUUAUGAGUCUCUACGGGCUUUUACCACACGCUCUGAAGUACAACUCAUGAUUGAAACAACAUUGAACAGUAAACAACAAGGGAAUGGAAAGACACUUUCAAAAGAAGCCUCAUCCCACGAUAUGACUCAAUUAAAUGAAAAACAUCUGCAACAAAUUGUAUCUGAAGAAGUAAAGCAACAAGUGGGAAAUGUAGUUCGUGAUGUCUAUGCGGAUAUAAUGCAGCAACAAGAGGAGGUUUCUUCUCUUCAACGUGAACACAUUAUGAAUGCUCUGCGUGAAGUUGAGCAGCGUGUGAAUGUACUCCAGCGAGAAGUGAAUGAACUCUCUCACAAGUAUCGUAAUACAUACAAAUUGUUAACUCAACUCUGUUGUGCUAUUGAAGGUGCGACAGACGAUAUGAUUAUCUUUAACGAUAAUGAUAAUAACAAUUCCAGCAGCAGUAGAUGUAGUAGUGACUCCAGUCAUAUCGGCAAGAGUGCCUCUCAAACAAAAAAUGUGGAAGGCACACAACAACACAGUCGUCUAUUGGAUGCAUUACUGCAGGCACUCGAGAACAAUCAACUCGAUGAAGUUCGGGUUCUCGUGGCUGCCAGUCUUAGUCCCUUCGUGGCUGUGGCUACACAAGAGCAGCAGCAGCAGCAAAGGGAUAAGAAAGAAAAUAAUGAAAGGAAUCAGGUAGAUAUGAUGAUGGAUUCCCAUCAUAUGGUGUCUUCUCAUGUCAACACAGUUCUCACUCCUCAUGGGGAAUCUCUCUCACAAGAGAGUUCCAUAUCACACUUAUUAGCGAAUAUCACUCCACGAAAUCAAUUUAAUCGCAUCAAGUCUAUUGCAACGACUGAGAAAUUGUCGAAUGCUUAUAUAAAUAAGAAUAAAAAUGGGAUGGUCUCACCGCGUAGCUUAACAGCUAGAGUUAAUACCCAAGAAGUGGUGCUACAUCCGUAUGCCAGCGUCCCGACUCUUAGUCAUCAGCGGGGCAUUGAAAAUAUGAAUGAAAACUAUCCUAAUAAUCAUCCAUUUGAGUGUAAUUAUUCCCGCAAAUAUAAUAAUAGGUCCAACAACACCAACAAUAGUGAGGUGGAUCUUAAUAAGAAGAAAAAUGUCGGAGGUUGUGGUUGGUACAGUAUCGGCAAUAAUAGCAGCAAUGACAGCAAUCACAAAAAGAAUCACCAUAAUAUCAAUAACAACAAUGAUAAUCGUGAAACUCCAUCACUUGGCAUUGAAGCGGUAGAUGCACCAAGUGAAUUAUUACCGGUAAACUUGUCAAGAAGUUCUCCUAUUGAUUCAAUUGUUAGUAGUGCUAGUGGUGGGGGUGUACAUGUUUUAGGUAUUGUGCGUGGCGGAGCUGCGGCACGUAGUGGUGUUUUGAUUGGUGAUAUAAUACUUGCGGUUGAAAGUCGCCGAGUACCAACGUGUGAACAUUUGGCGCAAACGCUGCAAGAUUUAUUUAUCACGCAUGGAAGUCUUAAAGGGGUGAUGUUGUCUGUUUACCGUCAUAGUUCUCGUGCCGAGUUGGGAAUAUCCAUUGCGUGA